GGCAUACGGUCUGACAAACAUGGCCGUCGUGUUGCUGCUGUGAAAGAAAAACUGAACGCCGUGUUUUUUCAUUUGCAACCAAAACCACACGAGAACUCUUUAAGCGUGCACGCAAAACGUAUCAAAAUCUUUUUGUGUAUGUUUUCUGAAUAAGUAUCAUGCCAAAAUGAAAUGGUAAAGUGUUGCCGCGUUCGCAUAACCGAUUACGAAUAAAAUACAUAUACAUAUAUACUCUAUACCUAUCAACAUAUAUACGUGCGCGAUUGUUGAUAGAAAAGAAAAGAGAGCUAGAGCGAUAUCGAUAUCGAAGCGAUUCAGCCCGCGAUGGCGUCGCGCAGGCGCGCCGAUUUGAAUCCCAAACUGCACAUGGACAGGCAGCCGACAGCUGCCCGCAUAACAGAUCCCUCUCUGCCUGCCGGCAAGCGACGCGAGAUCGACAACGUCAUGAAGAAGGCUCGGGCCAACACCACCAACGACUACUGGGACAAGAAGCUGAUCGAGGCCGAGGAGAAGGACCCCAAUCGCUGGCGUCAUACCGGCUACAAGAAAAUGUACAUCCAGGGCGAGAGCAGCUCCGGGGACAGUGAUCGCGAGCCGCAUGGCGUGCCCCGUCCCGGGGAGGGAGCACCACCACCCUAUGGCCGCUAUCCGCCCGGAGGUGGCCCUCCAGGUCCACCGCCGCGCUUUGGCCGAUCCCGCUCGCCCCAUUCACGCAGUCGUUCCGGCCUGCGAAAGUCGCCGCCGUUGUCGCCCCCACCGCGUCGUCGGUCUCCGCCGCCGCCCAUGCACGGCAUGGAUCGUCGCGGCGGUCCGCGAUCCCCUCCCAUGCCGCGCUCUCCGAACGAUGCCAUGAUGCGUCGUCCCGGCAAUGGCCACGGUCGGCCCCGAUCCCCGCCCGAACCGAGCUCCGGCUCCUCGUCCUUGCGCCGCAAGCCAAACGCGUCGCGUUCCCCCUUGGGCCGCCGUCGCUCGCCACCGUUGCCCCCUCCAUCGUCGGCGGGACUGGACAAGCGCGGUGCGGGACACAUUCUACCGCGUUCUAAGCGUCCCCCGUCGCCACCGCCAAGGCACUCGAUGCGUUCGCGUUCCAACAGCUCAAUGAGCAGCAGCUCCGACGAUUCGUGCUCCCUCUGCUCGCCCAGUCAUCGCCAUAGAUCUCGAUCCCGUGGUCCGCGUUCCCCUCCGCCAAAGCCGCGUGGCCAUUAUCGUGCCGGAGGUCCGCCUAUCCCGCCGCCGGAUGCACAUGGCCGCGUCCAUGGUCGUCCCAGCAGUCCACCGCCGGUGCGUGGAGGCGUAAGCGGUUCGGUAUCCGCCAUCGACAAGUAUCGGGACGCCAAAAUGCGUCACCUCGCACACGAACGCGGCGCCACGUCGGAGGCGCACAUGAAAGUCGCUCGCUCGUCGCGUCACUCUCCGCCGCCGGAAGAUCCGCGUCUCAAGCACCGUCCGCCAGAGCCACCAGAGCCGGCAGCAACGGCUGCUGCGGCCUCCACAGCUCCGCAGGCCAAGAAGAAGAAAAAGGAGAAGGAGCAGGUGAGGCCACGCAUCAAGAUCGAGGGUGAGAAACGUAAAAAGCCAGGGGCGCCCAGUGGCAGUGGAGCGAAUGCAAACUCCUCGUCCGGCUCGGACGAUUCGGGUGACUCGGACAGCGAUGAGGUGCCCUCGCUGCCGACGUUUUCGGCCACGACGCGGCUGACGCUAUCGGAGCGCUUCGGGAAAAUGGCGCAGUGGAGCAUCGAUCGCAGUAACAUGGAGAAUAUGCGCAUCACCAAAGAUUCCGCGGGUGGUGCCCUCAAAGUGAUGAUCGAGGAGGGUCUCGAAUCGCCGCCGCGUCGCUAUUCGUAUUCGCCGGCGCCGGCCGGACAUUUUCCGGAGGAGUUGGCGACCACAGCACCGUCGGGCAUGCUGUCGUGGGACGAUGUGCGCGUCCGUUACGAGUACUACAAGAGUCGUGGCUACCUAAGGGACCUUGAUCUGAAGGAUUACAUCAAGUGGGAGGAAUGGUGGUAUAAAUAUCAGGAGUGGCUGAAGCAGGAGCGCUACUAUGAGUACUGGGAUCGUAGUCAGCAAUUGCGACGACGGCGCAAGAAGCUGCCGGUCACUCAGCGUCUCAACUGAGAAACAUACACCCCAACUCCAACCCCACCCCAUACCGCAGUGUCCCAAUCCUGUAGUUGCCCUUUCCCAUCAUCCCUCCCCCUAAUCAGAUCAUCCUCGCUUACCAAUUAAUCCAUUAUCAUUCUUGAAUUGAAAUGAAUUUCUUUAUUUUAAUUUAUCAUUUAUUACAUUAUUAAUUCCCGCCGCCUUUUACCUGCCCUUUGCCCUUUACCCCCCCUUUACCUUUUUGUACAUUGAAAAUGUACGAAAAUGCAUUUGUCAGCUCACGUAUUUGAUAACUAAAUAACAAUAUGCAUAAACCGCGCGACCCGAGCGACGAGCCGCGCGGCUGUUAUAUAAGGAUUACAUUAACAAGAUUGAAGAUUGUAAGUUGUGUUGGGACUGUGUGCGCACGGCGACGUGUGCGGCACACAGAUCCCGCAAAGGCAAAUGUAAACACGCAUUAAAUAAACCAUUUCAAAACGGAAAAACGAAGAUGGGAAAGUUUU